AUGUCGUUAAACCCAUUCCUUCUUGCCGCUGACAACGAUGCCUCCCUAGCGCCUCUGCUCCGUGAGAAUCCAAGCCUUGCUUCUGCACAAGACGAACAUGGCUAUUCUCUCAUUCAUGCCGCAGCCAGCUACAAUCAUCUCGACUUACUCCGGAUGCUGGUUCUCGAGCUCAACGUCGAUGUCAAUCUGAAAGACGAAGAUGAUGAAACGGCGCUCUUCGUGGUAGAAACGAUGGAAGCCGCCAAGGUUUUGGUUGAGGAGUUGGGAGUCGAUGUGCACUAUCGAGGCGCCAGCGGCAUGACCGCUGCGGAAAAGAUUGCUUCCGAGGGUGACUUUCCAUAUAUUGCAGCCUACUUGGCCAGUAUUGAACCCAACAAGACGGGGAAACUAUCUGAUGCUAUGGCUGCUGAAACUAUUCCUGAUCGUCUUAGUACCCCACCACCUGGUAUACGACUCAAGAUUGGAAUGAUUGACUCAACAGAAGACAUCCCUGUUGAAGUUGACCAAGAGUUUCGUCGUCGCAUAGAAGAUUUAGCACAGCGGGAUGACUUCAAUGACCCAUCCGGCCAGGCAGAUUUACGCAGAUUAGUCGCGGAUGCCGUUUUGAAACAACGACUGAGUGACUAG